UUCUCACUUAGAAGCAAGCAGUCAUGGCAACAUCCUCCUCUUGGUUCAGUCUUGUAUCCAUGUAUGAAUCUCAUCUAAGAAACACAUUCACUUCCUCCGGUCUCACUCCGAAAUCCAUCAACAUCGAUUCUGAUACCAAUAUCCAUUAUUGGUCACCAAUACACCCAGUAACACUACCAACACUAGUCCUGCUCCACGGUUUUGGAGGCAACUCGCUUUGGCAAUGGAGUAAGCAAGUUCAACAUCUCUCAACCCAUUUCACUUUGUACGUCCCCGACCUUAUAUUUUUCGGCAAGUCUGUAACGAAAUCUUCAGAGCGUACGGAAAUUUUUCAAGCGGAAUCGAUUGGGAAAUUACUUGAGUUGUUGGGUGUUACGACAUAUUCGGUUAUGGGUACAAGUUAUGGUGGUUUUGUUGCUUAUCAUAUGGCUAGACUAUGGCCUGACAGAGUCGAGAAAGUAGUUAUAGCCAAUUCGGCUUUAAAUAUCACGUCAAAAGAGGUUGAACAGUUGCUAAAAGAAGCAAAGAUUGAGAAUAUUGAAAGUGUGUUCAUGCCGUCAUCGCCUGCUGAGUUACUAACUUGUAUCCGAUUAAUUCAUAAGCAGUUACCGAUUUACAUACCGGAGUUUUUGCUGAAUGAUUUUCUUAAUAAUUUGUGUAAUGAAAACAGGAAGGAAAAAUUAGAGCUUCUCAAGGGAACCACAGUUGGGAAAGAGAAUACAAUAUCCAUUCUGCCUCUUAAACAGGAGGUGUUACUAAUAUGGGGGGAGAAUGACGCAAUAUUUCCAUUGGAGAAGGGUUAUGAGCUUAAAGAGCUUCUUGGAGAAAAAGCAAGAAUAGAAGUUAUGUUGAAAACAUCACAUACACCUCAGAUUGAAAACCCAAAGCAGUUCAACGACAUUGUAAUGAAGUUCUUGUUAGGGAACUCAUUUUCAUAAGUCAAUACAAAAGUGAUAGAAAACAUGCCAAUGUGGUGGUAUGUUUCGACAGUCCACUUUCCAAGCGAUACCUAUUCAUCCAGACGGAUUUCGAAAGCACGUGCACCAUGUGACGACUCCAUUCAAUAGGAGGAUAUAAGUCAUAUGUAUGCCAGUUUGUAUUAUUUUCCUGUUCCAAUAUAAUGCCAUGGUUGUUCGGUCUACAGCCGGGUGGGUAAUACUACAAUUGCAUUUAAAUAUGAAGUGAAUAAUUCUAUAAUUG